AUGGAUAUGAGUGAUCUCAGUCGGAGAGGGUUUCCGGCGAUUGCCUCUUGCGUCCUAUGCGGCGUCGUAGCCCUAGCUGUAGCUCAAAUGAACUGUCCCGAAGAUUCAAGUACGACUUUUGAAAAAAUUGUCGGCUAUAAACCUUCGCAUUCGAGACUCACUCCUAUGUAUGGAAUAUCUGAAGACAAUUCUGGGACAACGUCUGACUGUAUCAAAAGAUGCCACCAAUCAAGCGAAUGCAUGGGCGUCAUGGUUAACUACGAUAGAAACAUAUGUUUUGCCGCCAGUUUCGUGCCAGCUAAUCGCCGUGAGAAAUUGCUAGCGUCAUCAGACAGAGCGAACUACUUCGAAAAAAUGUGUAUACGAGGCCCGGUCUGUGAUCGAGCAUUCAUCAUGGAGCGUGUUGUUGGGAAAGAGCUCGCAGGAUUCGACAACCGAGUCAUAGGAAGCAUUCAGAGUCGUCGGCAGUGCGAGGAGCUCUGUCUCCAAGAACAGGCGUUUCCUUGUCGAUCAGGAGAAUACGACUCCUCGGUACAGGAAUGCAGGUUAUCGAGUGAAGAUCGCCGCUCACAGCCGAGCUCCUUCCGAACGGCGAGCAACGUCGAAUAUUUCGAAAAUCAAUGCGUUUCACAUGGCCCCAACGGCUGCGACUACGAGCAGCGAAAGGACGUCGAUAUCUUCAGGGCAGACCAGGUCCGGGCGGCCUUCUCAUCGGAACAGUGCCGAGCGCUAUGUGACGGAUGCAAGGAAUUCCUCUGCAGGAGUUUCUCGUUUUUCCCUCCAGCCGCGCUCUGCGCUCUCUCGUCGGAUGACACCCUGUCGGUUGGAAGCAACGCCCUCAGGGCGCGACAGGGUGUGAGCUUUCACCAAAAAGCGAACUGCUUAGACUUGCGAUUGAACUGCGACGAGGAGGCCAUGGUACUGUCCCUGAACACUCUCGAACCGUUUGAAGGACGAAUCUACUCGAAGGUCGACAAUCCUCCGCCGGGCGAUUGCGAAGUUUCAGGCCGCGGAGAUCGCACGACGACGUUAGCGAUGAGCCUCCGCACGAAUCGUUGCGGCGUUGAACGAGACGACAACGGCGUGUUCACAUCAACUAUUGUCAUCCAACAUCAUCCACUCAUACAACAGAAGGGCGACCGAGUAAUCAAAUUGUUCUGUAGUUUCGACGCGGUCAACAAAACGAUCACGAACACGUACAAAGUUCUCAUGGGCGCUCAAAGUGUGCAGGCGGGGACUGUCAACGCAACGGCUCCAUCCCCAAACAUCCGGUUGAGGAUCACAGACCGCAACGGUGCCGAUGUCAUCGGAGCGAAACUUGGGGACGAACUCUAUUUGAGAAUCGAAAUCGACGACGAUUCUGUCUUCGGGAUUUACGCUAGGGAUCUUGUGGCCACUUCGGGCAGGAACGAUGACUCCAUCGCGCUGCUGGACAACUCCGGCUGCCCCAUAGACAACUCGAUAUUCCCACCGCUGAAGAAGAUUGCUCGAGGGAAAGCAUUGAUGGGGAAAUUCGAAGCAUUCAAGUUCGCAGACGAUACAGUCGUGCGGUUUCAAGUGACCGUGCAAUUCUGUUUGCACGAGUGUCCUCUUCCCACCUGCUCUUCUCGAGGGAAGCCGUCGGAUUUCCAGCACGUGCAUCCAGACCGGGAUCAUCCCAGAGAGCAUAAUUUCCGAGACUUCCACAAGUCGUCCGACAGACAACUCUCGACGAGAGCCAAGAGAGCUCACUCGGCCGCGUCGAUCAUGAGGAUGCUACCGACUCCGUCUUCGACACCAGCACCGACCUCCACGCCGUCCAUGAUGCCUGACUUUCCGCUCCAGAGAGAAAUUAUCGUCGAAGGGAUCGUCGACGGACGUAGCGCGAAUGAAGUCAACAUCGUCCCAAGCAAAAGUAAACGUGAGAUUCUGAUUGAGUCAGCUGCCUACGACGCUCACAUGCUAUGCGCACCCUCGAGCAUGGUAACUACGUGUCUCGCAAUUGCUCUUGUGGCUCAGGUGCUUAUUAUCUCUGCCUGUGUUUCGUGCGUUGCGCUGGCGAGGAGACCGCAGUCGGUAAUGUCAAAUAGAUCCGAUCAUUCGGAAUCACCGGUGAUGAGACAUCAACACCCGCAGGCCUUCGACGCUUACGAGCCGGAACGCAGACGCAGUAGAAUGCGCGAUUACGAGACCUCGUGGGGCAUGGCACCAAGAAUGCACUCUCAUCGGUGA